GGGAAGAAAAGAUCAAUAAUGGAGGGUGCUCUUGUAAUUGGACGUAUAAUAGGAGAAGUUUUGGAUCCAUUUACGAGUUCUGUGAGUCUGAGAGUAGUUUAUAAGAAUCAGACAGAAGUUAUCAAUAGUUGUGAGUUGAAACCUUCCCAAAUAGUGAACAAACCAAGAGUUCAUAUUGGUGGAGAUGACCUAAGAGUCUUUUACACUCUGAUAAUGGUGAAUCCUGAUGCUCCUAGCCCAAGUCAACCUUCUUUCAAGGAAUAUUUGCAUUGGUUGGUGACCAAUAUUCCAGCUACUACUGCGGCAAACUUUGGACAUGAAAUCGUGGAAUAUGAAAGUCCACGACCAACGUCGGGGAUUCAUCGUAUUGUUUUGGUGUUGUUUCGACAAUUGGGUAGACAAAUAGUGCAUGCUCCAAGAUGGCGUCACAAUUUCAACACCAGAGAUUUUGCUGAAGUUUACAACCUUGGAUUACCAGUUGCCGCUGUCUAUUUCAACUGUCAACGUGAAAAUGGUUGGGGUGGAAGAAGGGCAUAGAAUUUUUUAUACAGAUAGCACACGUUCUCUAAAAUAGUAUACUAUAAUUUUUAUCUAUUCAGAUACUGUAACUUUUAUCUAUUCAUAUACUUAGUUUAGAAUUCGAUUUUAAAAAAAAUUAAAUUCUGAACUAGCACAAUAAAAAUGUAUUAUGUGAGUAAAUAAAACUUACAGU